UGUAAAAAACCCAAAAUUUUUAUAUUGAAAACUUCAAUUUUCCUUCCUCAGAUUUGUAACUUCUUGUUUAUCAAUUCGAUAAUUGAAGAUUUUUCCAUCCACAUUAGAGAAAAAUAAAAAAAAAAAACGAUCUGUUCUUCCUCUUUCACUUUCUCUCUUUUACCUCUCCUUUUCCUUUACCUCUGCAAACGCUAAAACUUGAAAGUAUAUUACGAUCCCACUUCUCAACACCAUUGAUUCUCGUUUCUCGAUCUCCAUUUAAAACCCAGCCAUGGACUCUCUUACCAUAAACAAAAAAAGCAUUUUCUACAAAAAUUCUCGAAUCUUCCUCUUCCAAAAUUGAAUAUGUAAUCUCAGUUAGGUUCUCAACCCAACAAAAAUAUGUAAUCUCAAAUUUGUUAGGUUCUCAAGCUCAGAUAUGGGUUUUCGAGAACCCAGAUCUGGGUUGAGAACCAACCCUAAAUCAAUUUCUUAUAUCUCAAACAUUCUCUCCUUUUCCUCUCCACCUUUGGUUCUUCCUGAAUCAAUCUCCAUACCCUUUGUUUCACCUACUUCCACGGUCGGUUUUAGAUCAUUUCCAUUCGAGUGAAGCCACGACAAUUGAUCUCCAGCACUGGAUUGUCAUGGUUCAAGAAAAAUGGAAAAAUGGA